AUGUCAACGCGAUCGCAACUUACUAAAGAUUUGAACGAAUCGGUGAAAGCUUUACUGGGUAAACAUGUCAAAAUUUUGUUGAAAAAUGUUGUUAAACUUGAAACAAAACCAGACAAGCAGGAAAACCGAGUUUUGGUAUUUUCUCCUUGUCGACUCUUUUUAUUGACUGCCAAAGUACCUACUAGGAUCGAUUGCCAUUUUCAUUAUUUAGAAAUAACCUCAGUAGAGUCUCGAAGAUCGAACCAACUAUGUCUAACAGCGGGAGAAAGAACAUACAACUUCACAACAACAGGCGUAGGUGGGACAGACACAACGGAGGUAGACGCGAUGAUCGAAGCGUUACACACUGCAAUAAGAAAUAUAUUUCCGACAGUCCCUCUAAACUACGUUAUCAGAAAAAUCGACGUGAUACCGGCCAGUAGACUUCACAGUAUUCGUGGAAGCGAGUUGGCCCGCAGCACGGAGGCAACGAGAACAACCGGGCCCUGCGGAGGUUUUUCGACCCAGUACGCCUGCAUGUGUGAUCUACAUUGUGUCCAAUACCGCGAAGAAGUGACAUGGGACGUAGACACAAUAUACCUCUCGCACGACACCCGUGAACUAAAUCUCCGUGACUUUGAUCACCUCGAGCAGAAGGAUUUGGUCCCGAUAAUAUCCGCGUUGGAAUACAACACAUGGUUCACUAAAUUACGAGUGUCCCAUUUAAAAUUGAGCCAUGAGUGCCUCGAGCGUUUGCUUCACGUUGUUCGCCGAUCUCUCUCACUCCAAGAAAUCUACUUAGAUAAUCUAGGCCUCAAAUGGGAUUUUGCGCACAAACUAUCCCUCGCACUUAUUGCUAAUAGUAACACUGUACUGCACACCAUCGAUUUAUCGAAUAACAUGAUCGAGGACAAGGGAGCUGCCAGUUUGUGUGCCAUUGUAGCUAAACUCACCCAAGGUAGUAGUCACCUCGGCAGUCCAGGCAUCGGAAAACUCCCUAAAGGCAUGCAAAAAUUGAAUUUGUCCCAUUGUGGAUUAACAGGAAAAGGAAUUGCACAAAUAGCCCACGCGCUGAGUCUAAAUCGAAGCAUGCCUACAAGUUUACGAUACUUAAAUUUGUCUGAGAACACUUUAAAAGAUGAUAUCAACAAUCUUUGCAAUUUUUUGGCUCAGCCCAAUAGCCUAACGCACUUAGAUCUCGCUGGUACGGAUACAACUCUAGAAUCUUUAUUCGGUGCCCUUCUACGUGGCUGUGCUACUAAUCUAGUCCAUUUAAACGUGUCACGGAACUCAUUUACAAGUAAAAAAACCAAAGAAAUACCUCCUAGUUUUAAACAAUUUUUUACCGCGACUUUGUCGCUAAAGUAUUUAAAUAUUUCAUACUGCAAGUUGCCUCUGGAGGCUCUGAAACACCUUUUGCUGGGCCUCGCCUGCAACGAGAGCACAGUGGGUCUCGAAUUGGACAUGAGUGGAAACAACUUAGGGUCUCUGGGUGCUCACGUUCUUGAAUCUUGCAUACACGGUGUCCGUUGCAUAGCUUCGCUAGAUAUUUCUGACAGCAACAUGGACGUUGAUAUGGCUCAAGUAAUUACGGCGAUUGGAAAAAACAAGUCAAUAAAGCACCUCUACAUGGGAAGAAACACCACAGGCAUGAAAACCAAGCACAUAUCGGUGGUGAUGGAUGCGCUCGUACAGAUGAUUCAGGAAGACGAUUGUGUUUUACAAUCGCUUUAUAUUCCAGAUUCACGAUUAAAAAGCGAUCUUUAUAGUCUGAUAAACGCACUGGGAAGCAACACGUGUCUUCAUACUCUUGAUAUGAGUGGAAAUCAGAUAGGAGACCCUGGAGCUCGUCUUCUAGCCAAGGCACUCCAAAUAAACAAUCAUCUGAAGACAAUAAUUUAUGAUAAAAAUAAUAUUACUUUGCAAGGAUACUCAGAUAUUGUUCACGCGUUGGAAAAAAAUUACAGUGUGAGACACAUGCCGUUUCCUAUUUAUGAUCUGCAACCUUGUAUGAAGAUUUCUGCAGAGAAAGCCGAGCAAUUGGCCAAGAAAAUUCAGGACAUGCUGCAGAGAAAUGUUACACCGUGUAAGUACAGUCCGGGGCAAGCUUUUAGACUCCAACAAGGAUUUUUACUCAGUUCAACGCAGCAGGUUGUCGACAGAUUGGUCGUCCAAACUCAGGAUACGAUAAAAACUUUAGCAGCAGAGAGUUGUGAUGCGAAUAAUGAUAUUAAUCACGCAACUGGAUUGAUCCAAGAUGCAGAUAAUUCGAAGCAAUUGCUACCGCGACUUCAUGAAGUCUUACAACGGCGGGAUGAGAACAAUCCCGUAGAAGCAAAGCUCAAGGAAAUAGCCGACAAUUUGUAUAAGAAUGUCACCGAUUAUUUGGAAGACUCAUUGGAAGCUAUUUUAAAAUGCGCGAACGAUCAUUGUCCAACAGUGAUGUCUCAAACGGUGAUUCGCGGUGAUGAGAGCGAACCAAUUUCUGUUGAAGAUGAUUUACGAAAUGUCUGCAAGGGGAAGAAUCAGAUAAGCGGAGAAUUUAUCACCAGCGCAAUUGUUGAACAGGCGGGUACUGAUAUUGUUAAUAGAAUAAACGAGCUGAACCUCUCGGUAGCUGCUCAUAUUUCCGACAGAAUCACAGACGAAGUGAUAGAGUCGCUGUCGAGGAGUUACAAGACUUUGAUCGGAGACUCUCAUGAUAGAACGCGUUGCAGUACGCCGGAUGUUUUGAGACCGAGUGUUAGUUCUACCAGCAGUGGUAGUGUCAUCGGUAUCGGAGGAACCAUGAGCAUUGGAAUCAGUUCUGACAACAGCGGUUAUGGACUCUCGAACAAAAUUUCAUCGGCAGUUGAGCAUGCUGCUAAGAUGACUAGAGACUCGCUCAAGGACUCAAUGGUUCAUGAGUACGCCUGUCCUUCAGAUCUUUUUAUCGGGAGUUCUAUUAAUUCUCAGCAUACCACAGAUGAUCAGUCUCCUAUGGCAACGCCCCAUUUGUCAAACAAACGAAAAAAUUUGCAUGGAAGAAAAUUACGACCAAAGUCAGUGGUUGAUUCUGUAGAAGGACUUUCAGCUGAUGACAUACCGGAUUUACUGCCUAGUUUACCAAAAGACAAUACUGAAACAAUUUCAGAAAAUGAGCACUCAUUGACUGAGUCUUUGGAUUCUAUAUCCGAGCUUCCUAAUAACACUGGCCAGCAAUUGCAACAUCUGGUAAAAUCUCGACCAAGACGAACUAAAACUCGCGCUCCUUCACGACCUAUGUUACGAACUGACAUUCCGAAAGGAUCUUUGGGCCUUGGGGAAGGUCUUGAUGUAUUUUUUAGACCUACCACGCCUACAACUCCGCUGAUUUCUCCAACUAGUGAUGAUAGUUCUCUGCAUACAUUCCCUAUAGACGGUAGCCCAAAUUUAUCAAUAACAAGUCAACGCAGUAUUCCUCCGGAGACAGAUAAAAAGCCUCAUGGCUGCAACUCGCCUAUUCUAAAAACUCUUCUUGAGCCUACACCACGUUCACGGUCUAGCGAUAAUUUUGAGAAAUUUUCUCCGCUUGCGGGUCGUCGUUCUCAAGGUGACACGCCUUUGACAGCCUCACCACUGGCCCGACGAAGCGCCGCGGAAAAUUCGCAGUCUCAAGAACCAGAGGCUAGAAAAGCACGAGGAAUACAAUCGACAUCCACGGCUGGAAGCCCUCUGUCAACACCGACCACUCGCUUAUCGCGCGAUUUGUCUGGCAAUGAGACUUCAGAGUCCUCGCCAGACGGCGAUAAUCACAAGACCUCAGUGAGAAGCCACGGUAGUAUUUUAAGUAGUUCAGCAGACAACGAAAAAUCAGUAAGCGGCCAAGCGACCAAUAAAUUCCGAUCGAUUUCAUCCAUCCAAGAAUCCCGUGGUGCUUUUAAUUCUUUACAGUCGGAAGUUUGUCCGUCCAAUGAUUCAAAUAAACAGCUGUCGAAUGCUGGUUCUUUUAAAGCUCCAAGUAAAGUUAGUUAUAAUAUUAGCGGCGAACAAUCUAGAAGUAGCUCGAGUAUUAAUUCUUCUAGAAAUAGUAAACCUCUACCGCCAGCUACUGCGCCAAAACCGAGACCAUGGAGCAUGACUGGUGAUAGAAAAUCAGGUGAAUUUAAUAAUUUAUUGAGUGACGGUUCAAGUCCAAAUACGUCGGCAGGGAACACUCCAGACUCUGGUGAUGCUCUUGAUGAAUCCACUGACAGUGGAGUCAGUGGACCAGCUUCCUUACCGCCUACACUUUCAGCGAGUAGUACCGCGAGCUCAUUGAGCAGUAGCACAGUUGAAAAACGAUCUGUUCGAGAGCUCGCAGCUAGUUUGAAUAAAGGAAAAACAGAUCGUAAAGAAAAUGAAGAAUCCGUACCCAUUGCAUGGAGAUCAGUUCUGCAUCGUUCUGUUGAUCGUACAGUAAAUAAGGAGCAAGUACCGAAAAAGGAUGAGGACAAUCGCAUUAAUUUCAAGCUUCGGCGAACAUCAUUUCUACGUGACUCCAAUUUCAAUUAUGACAAUGAUGUCGUUGAUGUAUGA